GGUUGAACAUGACUCCUCUAUAUUUCGGAGGUGGGGUUUCUGGUGGGCUACUAAACAAGCAAGAAGAGGAAAACACCAGUAAGAACCGAAACCUCGACAGCCCUUACAUCUGUUUCCUGUCCUCAGAACUCCUAGCCUCAGAACUUUUUUCCCUGCUGUUAUCCGUAUUCGUAGUGUUGUUGUCACCAUGGACAGCGCUUUUAAUAACUUGGAUGCCGCCGGUUUUCUGCAAAUCUGGCAGUACUUUGAUGCUGACGAUAAUGGCUAUAUUGAGGGAAAAGAGCUGGAUGACUUUUUUCGUCACAUGUUGAAGAAAUUGAGCCCAGGCGAUGAGGUCACUGAGAAGAAGGUGGAGCAGCUGAAACGGAGGUUCAUGUCUGCGUAUGAUGUCACUGCAGAUGGUCGCCUGCAGAUCCAGGAGCUGGCCAACAUGAUGCUCCCGGAGGACGAGAACUUCCUGCUGCUCUUUCGUAGGGAGGCCCCCUUAGACAGUAGUGUGGAGUUCAUGAAGAUCUGGAGGAAAUACGACACAGACAGCAGUGGUUACAUAUCUGCCGUGGAGCUCAAGGGCUUCCUAAAGGACCUGUUUGCGAAGCACAAAAAGGUUGUAUCUUCCAGCAAACUGGAUGAAUACACAGAUGCCAUGAUGAAUAUUUUUGACAAAAAUAAGGAUGGACGGUUGGAUCUGAAUGAUUUAGCAAGAAUUCUGGCGCUUCAAGAGAACUUCCUGCUGCAGUUUCAAAUGGAUGCAUGCAGUCAAGAGGAGAGAAAGCGAGACUUCGAAAAAAUAUUUUCAUACUAUGAUGUUAGUAAGACAGGAGCCCUAGAGGGCCCAGAAGUUGAUGGCUUUGUGAAAGAUAUGAUGGAACUAGUCAAGCCCAGCAUAUCUGGACCAGAACUGGAUAAGUUGCGUGUCGUUCUGCUGCGCCACUGUGACGUGAACAAUGAUGGGAAGAUCCAGAGAAAUGAGCUGGCUUUGUGUCUGGGGCUAAAAUUCAACCAGUAACCCUCAGAUGGACUUGAGGAAGCCCUCUGCUAAUUCAAAGUCUGUUAUUCUGUGGGGCCACCAAAGCUAUUCUAUGUGCUGUGCAUGCGAAUGUGUAGCUUUUAGAUCACUGCGGAACUGUGCACAAGCCACAUCUCUUGGAGAAGUGUGACUACUUGCAAAAAGAACUACAAGAUUGUGUUCGCUGCUGACUGUAGGCAUGUGUUUGUUUCAAAGACAGCUGGAUGACAGCUUGUGCACUGUUGUUGUUGAAUUUAGAAAAAUAGUCAAUCGAAUAGUAAUAAUAAUACUUUAGGGCAAUGGCAUUCUUGUUUGAGCAAAAACUGGUUGCAUAAUCUGGCGAUUUUUAGCAUACUAAUGGUUUAUACCGAUUUUGCAUGCGUGACUGAUUGUUUUGAUAUGUUCAAUGGUGAUAAAAUAAAUAGGACAGAGAUAAUGUUGAAAAUGUU